GUCUUUUACUCUACUGUGACUUGUGCCGUACGUUCGUUGUGAGGCUGACAGUUGGAGAGUUCUGAUUAUUAUCAGUAUCGAGGGAUUAUCUUUUGGCUUGAUAUAAUUUGGAGUGAUCAACACUAGUCAUCAUGAGUACUACUGUUACCCAGAGGAAAAGACGAACCUCUUCCACUACAUGUUCACGUCGUGGCAACAGCAAGAGGAACCGGGCCCAGAUGUCUCAGACAGUGAUGGAGACCAUUGAUGUGCUAGAAAACGACAGAACUAACAGUGAAGAUGUGGUCGACUUAACAUGUGAGGGGUCUGAACCUGCAGUUGUUGACCUCACCAAUAAUGAUUCUAUUGUGGUUGUAGAAGAUGGUGUGCAGAGGAGAGUUGGGCCGUGCACAGAGAGUUAUGUACUGAGCAGCGAUGAAGAGGAAGAGUCAAGUCUCCGACUCAGUCCAGGCUUACUGUCCUCUCUACGAGACAGCUCACGGGCCAGGUCUACGCCCGGCGCCAUUAGCUGUCCUGUUUGUAUGGAUGCUUAUUCAGAGAUCAUGGACAGCGGUCGGCUCAUGGUCUCCACAAAGUGCGGUCACCUGUUCUGCAGUCAGUGCAUCCGCGACUCCCUCAGCAGAGCUCACAGCUGCCCUACAUGUAGAAAGAAACUCACUCACAAACAGUAUCACCCUAUAUAUAUCUAACGACAAGACCAGCAGCUCACAUCAGCUGAAUGCUUCUCAAAAGUUCUGCGGUAUGAAACUACUUCAUGUUCUCGCUGGCUGUUUCAUGUUUACACACAAACGCACAUAAAAAAAUGACUUGUUAGAAAUAAAAGGGCACUUGGUACAGAAUUUUUUACUCUCAACUUGUGAAAACACUGUUAUGAAUUAAUGGCAAUAUAUAUACUGACAUGGAGUAGUCUGGGUUUGAAGUUUUGGCUGCUGUUAAUUUUUAAUUUUUUUUUCCACAAUUGCCCAGUUUGCAGUAUUGAAUGAAAUGGUUUAGGUUAGGUUCCAGUUGGAUUAAAAAAUGAGUGACAACCAUCAUAAUACAUCUAUAAAAAUAUGAGCUUACGUCGAGAACAAAAUAGCGUACUGCUGUGAAGGUCUGUAUUCUUGUUUAGUGAAAUAGCGAGCUUUUUAGUGAUAGUUUGAGGAGCUUCAUUUAAACCUGAUCAAUCGGUCUGAAGGUAAAGGAUUCUUCACUUGUUGGUUAAGGGUAAUGAAGCGAAAAAGGUUUGUUUGUCAACUUUACAUGUUAAUAUUUGUAUAUACUUUGUUGUAUAAAGGACCUGUAAGUUAAAAGGAGUUAGUAAUUCAAAGAACAUACCGUUUAUUUCAAUAAACAUUUUGAUCACUGA